AUGACUUUUAUUCCUUGUAUUCAGAUGACUGGAAGGAAAGAAGAGUGGACUGUUUCAGAAGACCAGGCAAGGAGAGCACUAAUCAGAGAAGCAGCCAAGGGGCCCAUCGUUACUCUGGAGAAGCUGCAGAGAUCCACAGCUCAGAAUGUUUCUGCUGGAACAUUUUUGGAAGAAGAGGGCUGCUUCUCUCCACGUAACUUUGAUAUUGACCUCCAAGAGCCCUUCUUCAGUGAUCCCACUCCAAUUCCACAGUCUCUGGACAAUGAGUUGGAGGACUGGAGUGGAAGCUACCGGCCCUCUGCCACUGAGGUUGCACAUGAAUUCAGACUGGAAAGCAGUAGUUUUUCAGCACUAUCCUCACAGGUCACAGAUGAGGGGGAGGAAACUGAGCCUUCUUGGCUUGAUGAAAGGUACUUACAGGAUAACUGCCAGACUAGGAAGAGCACAGAAAACUAUGAAGAGGAAUUGGAGAUCUCCACUGAAGAUGCCCUGUUCCAGAACAAGAACUCAAGCUGGAGUCUUCAAAAGCUGAGACAAGAGAAUACACAACUGAGGAAACAUGUGAAAGAGCUGCUGAGAAGGUCUGAGGCUGAUAAUCACAGGAUUCGCCAAGUGAUGGAUGAGUUGCAUAAACGAAGAAUGCAGGAGGAAAAGGAAGCACAGGACUUAGAGACCAUGGUGCACUCUGUGGAAAGGAACCUGCAGCAAAUGACGGUACAAGCCUUUUCCUUCACACAAGGGUGUAUAAAUAUGUAGCAAUUUCAAAAGUACCAUUACGCAACAGGCCUAACUAAGCAGGACAGUUUUCUUGGCAAUAAAGCCAAGCAAUGAGUUAAAUCAAUGGGUAUGGGUUUUGAAUAUUGGAUUGGAGGGUUAAUUAUUGAAAGAUCUCCAUGUAAGCAGAGGGAUGGAGAUAGGGGAAUACUACAGUUGAAUCUAAGAGAAAUUCUGUUAAUGACAUUUUGCCAGAAAUGUUGAGUAGGAGGGCUGAACCAGGUAGAAUGAUAAUAAUCAUAUUGGGUGUUUGACGUUCAGUGUACGCAUAUGUCAGACUUUGUAAGACCUACCUUAUACAUCAUGUGCUGGGUGAUGUGAGUUCUAUGAAUUACCUUGUACUGUAUUAGAUGUAAAUUUGUGGUGUUAGUCAUUGUGAAGUUGUUCCUGCACAUUUGGGUCCAGAAUUCAGAAUUGGUUGAAAUUUCUUCUUACAGUGCUUUAAUUGGGAUGGAAAUGAUCGCAUCUGCGGUUGAUAUUAGUUUGUACUAUUUGGAAAGGGUUUCUUUUGGUCAGUUAUUUUAUUGAUAGGGUGGGAAAACUGUUAUUUGAUAUAUUGACUUUAGAUUUUAAAACAGACUUGUAGAAAAAAUUAGCUCAAGUAAUUUUAAUAUCUCUACCCAUGUGUAGGGGAAUUAAAUACAUUUUAAUUAUUUAUUAUUUGAUGAUGAUUAUUAAACUAAUUGUUAUGCCGAAUGAUUGGAUCCUUAAACUCAGUUGCGGAAACCCAGUGAGUCUGUUAAUGUGACACUUAAAUGGGAUUCACUAAUAAUCACUAGAGUUAAUAUAAUAAAGUAUAGGUUGUUAGAAUGAAUGGGAGUUGGUUUACUUGGUUGUAGAGUGGAGGGGGUCUUGGCAGUAGGUUGCAGAAGUGUUGAGCUGAGGGAAUGGUGACACUCAAGAAGGCACUGCAUUUGGAGCGGUUGUUGGAGUGGAGCCCCUUGGAUUUUCUCUCCUUGUG